AUGGCACAGGCACAGGCACAGGCCGUGGACGACAACCGGGCGGCCAGCACCCGCAAUGGCCAAACUCCGAGCCAUGAUGUAGCCCGGUCCCCGGCAUCAGCCAGCUCGGCCGCCUCGCCCCCGUACUGGACGACGAGCGGCAGUGGCAGUCACCAGCGGAGCAUCUCGGCCGAAUCGAUCCUUCCGGCCGGCGCAAUCACCCUGCGGGACAACGACACGAGCGAACACCACGACCGCAACAACGCCUGCUGGGCCAAGAGCGUGGAAAUCGUCGACUACACGGUCGUCAACGGUGGAUCCACGACCAUCGGGGCGUUUGUCGUUUGGAACGUGCGAGUGGAAACCCUCAGUGGGUGCCACAUGAACAUUCGCAAGCGAUACUCGGAAUUCGACGAUUUCCGAGGCAAGCUGGUUGGGUCGUUCCCCAACUUUGAAGCGGCCGUGCCUGCAUUGCCCCCGAAGAGCGUGAUAUCCAAGUUUCGGCCCCGAUUUCUUGAGAAAAGACGGUUGGGCUUGCAAUAUUUUCUCAACUGCAUACUGCUGAACCCGGAGUUUUCGGGAUCUCCAGUUCUCAGAGAGUUUCUUUUUUGCUGA